GUGGCUAUGGAGCUGAAGCUCCACCCACCAAUCGUGAAGAUCAACACACAGCACCUGGUAAACAGGAUGCAGAUGACUAUUGACUCGAAGACGACCGUAGAGGAUACGUGACGGAUCCAACCUUUGAUAAGGAAGUAGCCGGAAGGCUCCCAGAGUUGCGACACGUACUACAUGCGUCCUUGCACCACUAAAGCCACCUUUCCGCAAGCAAUAGCUCGCUGCAUGAGAGGCCGCCUUCACUCGCUAGUCGCAGAACCCGACCAUGGCCUCCAAGCCAGUUACACUGAAGCUCCAAUCGCGAGGCAAGCGUAUUCCCAAACUUCCCAGCGAGACCAACAUCUAUGUACAAGGCAGCUCCGCAGACCUAUACGAGCGGAUAGCCAAAGACACCGGAUACUCGGUUCACCGGCUGCGGAUCACUUCAGGCGAAGAUGGCAAGCCUAUACCGAACGACAAAAAGAUUACUGUUAGCGGUGCGGGUCUUGGGAACGGGAGCGUUAUACAGGUGAAAGAUCUUGGCCCACAGAUUGCCUGGCAAACGGUGUUCGUGAUCGAGUAUAUCGGACCGCUUAUCAUCCACCCGCUCUUUUACUUCCUGCGGCCCUAUAUCUAUAAGAACGCACCGCCGCAACCCUCAACGCUACAAACACUGUCAUGUGCAAUGAUCACAUCACACUUCCUCAAGCGCGAGCUCGAGACACUGUUUGUUCACCGCUUCAGCCAUGCCACCAUGUCCGCAAACAACAUAUUCAAGAAUUCAGGUCACUACUGGAUUCUGGGCGGUUUCCUGAUAGCAUACUUCACUUACGGGCCGAACUCAAUCACCGCAAAGGAUACUCUGCCGCUGCUAACGUACGCCGGCGUCGCGCUAUUUCUGUUCGGCGAGCUUGCCAACUUGAACACGCACAUGGUUCUCCGGAAUCUGCGCUCACCCGGCGGGACAGAACGCGGGGUACCAAAGGGUUUCGGUUUCGACUUGGUGACUUGUCCAAACUACCUCUUCGAAGCCAUUGCGUGGAUUGGCGUGCUGAUGGUCAACCGGUCAUGGACCACGGUGGUUUUCAUCGCGGUGGCGGUGCUGUUCAUGGCAAGGUGGGCGAAGACGAAGGAGAUCAGGUAUCGGAAAGAGCUGGGAAGCAAGUAUCAGAAGAAGCGGUAUGCAAUGGUACCGGGUGUAUAUUGAGCGUGGAUGCGAAGUCUCAGUACCCUACCUUUCAACUGCCGCUUUUAUAGGUCCUUGAGCAGGUCAACGACUGUCAAUCACUUGCUUCGACUGGCAUUCGAGCUGGCUUGGGAAGAAGCCAGGAAAGUAGAACGCUCGCCCAAAGGCAUUGAAGACCGUGGCACAGUCACAAAUCAUAGCCUGCAAGCGCGUCCUUCAGCUAGCACACCCGGCAUAAUAAGGCGAAACGCUCCGGAGAAUAUAGGGUCGAGAAUAGCGGCAGAUGUGGUUGAGAUCCAAGCUGUACCUACUGUCGUCUGCAUACUGCAUACAAGCAGAUGAGCAUGAGAGUCACUAUAUGAACAGGCGCUCCCAUCCAACCCUGUUUCAUUAGGGC